AUGUCAAUAUAAAGAGAAUGGCAGAAAUUCGUGAGACCACCUCGAUAUAAUUAUAGUUACUUUGAUCUAGGUCCUGAAUACAUUUAACUACAUCAAGGUUAUCUACGGAAACAUGAAAGGGUUAUUACUAAUCGUUAAAAUUGCAAAUUAGAAAUGUCAUACUUUGAAUUGAAUCCGCGAACUACCAAUUGUAUAGUUUAUUGUCAUGGCUACAAUGGAUGUAGAAUAGAAGGCGUAAAGUACGCUUCAAUCGUAGCUUAAUUUGGCUUUAACUUUUGUACAUUCGAUUUCUAAGCAUGUGGCCAUUCAGAAGGAGAUUUCAUUACUUUUGGACAUCUUGAGAAGGAUGAUAUAACAUCAAUAUUGCAGGAAUUAGAAAUGCAAUUCCAAUAGAAGCAAUUUAUUUUGUGGGGGAGAUCUUUAGGCGCCACUACCAUUUAGUUAAAGGAAUAACCAAAUGUCAAGGGACUGGUAUUGGAUAGUUGUUUCACAAAUUUCAAUAAAUUAGCAAUUAGCAUAAUUCAGAAAUAAACGAGGUUGCCCAAGUUCAUAAUUAAGGCAAUCAUCUUCUUAACCAAAGGAACAAUUGAAGAAGAAGCAGGAUUCCAAUUGAAUGACAUACAAGUUUAAUGUAAUUCCAACAUGCCCACACUCUACAUUUGUAGUGACAAGGAUUCGCUCAUAAAGGCAAAGAAUAGUUUAAAAUUGUACAAGCAGCAUAAAGGAAUAAAGAAGUUAAUCAAAGUAGAGGGAGAACAUAAUGAUUCGAGACCUCUUGAAAUCAUUCAACAAAUCUGUUCAUGGUGCAAGGACAGAGUGCAAAUACAAUAAAACAAUUAUGUUCAAUACAAUUCAGUCCCUCAAGUGGCUAGAUUGCCAUUGGAAUUGAUCUAUGAUUCUAACAUAUAGAGUGGGAUGUAAACUUCAUAUAAUAGGAUUCCUAAGAACCCUGCCAUUAAAUUAAAAAACCAAAUAAGUAUCUAGUUAAGAACAAGCUGUAGAAAUUUACACAGUGCAGUAUAAUACUGA